GGCCGGGAUAAUUCUCCCGCAUUUUCCAUGAGGUCGUGGUUAACUCGUCCAUCGUUACCUUCAACCACCAGUCACCCCAGCAGCGCAUCCACGAUGCCUUGCCUGCCUUCCCAUACACUGGCACUGGGGUCUAUACAACGACUACGCGUGUCUUGGAGCUUUACAAGCAGUGUUGUCAGAGUCAGAGGAUUUCAGUCUUCUGCAAAGCUUCGUGAAAAUGCCAAUCCAGAGAUCAAGGAAAUACCUUAUUCGUCGCUCACCGUCGGCGUCCCACGCGAAACUUACCCGAACGAACGUCGUGUAGCCCUAACACCUCAAAAUGCUUCCUUGUUACUGAAGAAAGGAUUUGCAAGAGUGUUGGUGGAACAGAAUGCAGGCACUGAAGCCCAAUUUCUUGAUGAGAUGUAUGCAUCUGCAGGAGCCAUUGUUGUUUCGAGAGAGGAGUUAUACAAGGCAUCCGACAUUACCCUCAAGGUUCGACCACCUACCCUGUCAGAAGAGAUACAACGACUCAAGGAGGGAAGCAAAUUGAUAUCGUUUCUAUAUCCGGCACAAAAUAAAGAUUUGGUUGAACAUCUUGCUUCACGUAAUAUUGACGCCUUGGCCAUGGAUUCGAUUCCUCGAAUUUCUAGAGCUCAAGUGUUCGAUGCUUUGAGUUCGAUGGCAAACAUCGCUGGGUACAAGGCAGUUUUAGAAGCUUCGAAUUACUUUGGUCGUUUUCUGACAGGUCAGGUGACGGCGGCUGGGUGCAUUCCUCCUGGAAAGGUAUUGGUUAUCGGGGCUGGCGUUGCUGGAUUGAGUGCUAUCGCGACGGCUCGUCGCCUCGGUGCUGAAGUCAGAGGUUUCGACACACGGUCUGCUGCACGGGAGCAAGUAGAAUCCCUAGGGGCACAAUUCUUAGAGGUGUCCGUGCAGGAAGAGGGCAGCGGAGGUGGCGGAUAUGCAAAAGUCAUGUCGAAGGAGUUCAUUGAAGCAGAGAUGGCCUUGUUUAUGGAGCAAUGCAAAGAAGUAGACAUCGUCGUCACAACGGCUCUAAUACCUGGUAAACCGGCACCGAAGUUGAUAACCAAUGCAAUGGUUUCAGCGAUGAAGCAAGGAUCUAUGGUUGUCGACCUGGCCGCUGAAGCGGGAGGCAACUGUGAAGCUACAGUCCCUGGUCAACUUGUUGUCAAGGAUGGUGUGACUGUCAUUGGUUUUACUGAUUUACCCUCUCGAUUACCCACGCAAAGCAGCACCCUAUAUUCCAAUAACAUCACGAAAUUCUUGUUAUCGCUUGGGGAGGAUAAAAAAUUCUUCCUUAAUUUAGAGGAUGAAGUCGUGAGAGGGUCACUGGCUACCCAUCAAGGAAGGAUUCUUCCUCCAGUUCCACGAGCAAUGCCGCCCCCCGUCGCCGCUCCUCCGACGCCUGCGAAAGGGAAAGAGGUUACUACUAAGGCCAUUACUCCAUUCCAGAAGACCUCGACGGAGGUCGCCACCAUAACCACGGCAAUAGGGGGAGUACUUGCCCUUGGAAAGAGCACUGGCGCAGCUUUUAUGGACAACUUCUUCACGUUUGGCCUCGCUGGAUUGGUCGGGUAUAGGGUAGUUUGGAAUGUGGCCCCAGCACUACAUUCCCCACUCAUGUCUGUCACAAAUGCAAUCUCAGGUAUGGUAGGUAUUGGAGGUCUAUUCGUCAUGGGAGGAGGUUACUUCCCGGGAACCAUACCGCAAGCAUUGGGUGCACUGUCCGUGUUAUUAGCCAGCGUGAACGUUUUUGGGGGUUUCAUCAUCACCAAACGAAUGCUGGAUAUGUUCAAACGGCCAACUGAUCCUCCUGCAUACUCCUGGCUUUAUUCCAUUCCGGCCGCUGUUUUCACUGGAGGUUUCCUUGUCGCGGCGAGCACCGGUAUGGCUGGGCUUGUCCAAGCAGGAUAUUUGACCAGCAGUGUGCUGUGUAUCAGUUCUUUAUCAGGUUUGGGCUCCCAAGUGACCGCACGACAGGGCAAUGUCCUCGGUGUACUAGGCGUUGGGUCGGGAAUCGUGGCCUCAUUAGCGGCCGUUGGAUUCCCGCCUGAAGUUUUGGCCCAAUUCGCUGGUGUGGCUUCGAUGGGAGCAGUCAUUGGAACUAUCAUUGGUCGAAGGAUUACUGCGACAGAGUUGCCUCAGAUGGUUGCUAUGCUUCACAGUGUAGUGGGUUUAGCUGCUGUAAUGACUAGUAUUGCUAGUGUAUUCACCGAUCUAUCCCAUGUAACAACCUUACAUCUGGUCACAGCCUAUCUUGGCGUCGUUAUUGGCGGUGUUACUUUCACUGGCUCCAUUGUCGCCUUUCUCAAACUCGCUGGACGGAUGGCAUCCAAACCGUUGGCGAUUCCUGUGAAACAAUUCACCAAUAGCGCGAUCUUGGGUGCUAAUGCACUCACAAUGGGCGGUUUCGUUAUGAUGGCACCCGCAGUCCCUGCUGUCGCCGCCACUUACCUGGGAGUGAGCACGCUUCUAAGCUUCCUCCAAGGUUUCACGACAACGUCCGCCAUCGGUGGUGCCGACAUGCCUGUCGUCAUCUGUGUUCUGAAUGCGUACUCGGGAUUUGCACUGGUAGCAGAAGGGUUCAUGUUGGAUAAUCCGCUCUUGACUACGGUUGGAUCACUUAUCGGCGUCAGUGGUUCAAUUCUUUCUUAUAUUAUGUGUGUGGCCAUGAACCGAUCGCUCACGAAUGUGUUAUUCGGAGGCAUAGAGGCAACGGCAGCGGAAGAGACUAAGAUAGAAGGAGCUAUCACCAAGACCAGUGUGGACGACACCGUUGAGGCUUUAUCAGAUGCUGACAAUGUUAUCUUGGUCGUUGGUUAUGGAAUGGCGGUUGCUAAAGCUCAAUUUGCAAUCUCGGACAUGGUCGCUAUCCUCAGGUCAAAGGGGGUGAAUGUCAGGUUCGCUAUCCAUCCUGUGGCUGGACGUAUGCCUGGACAAUGCAACGUUCUCCUUGCUGAAGCCUCCGUGCCCUACGACAUCGUCCUGGAAAUGGACGAAAUUAACGACGACUUCAAGGACACCGAUGUCACUCUUGUGAUCGGUGCGAACGACACUGUCAACCCUAUUGCUCUUGAACCCGGUUCUCCGAUAGCGGGUAUGCCUGUUUUGCAUGCAUGGAAGAGUAAACAGGUCAUUGUGAUGAAGCGUGGAAUGUCUAGUGGAUAUGCCGACGUUCCAAACCCUAUGUUCUACAUGCCUGGAACGAAGAUGCUGUUCGGAGACGCUAAGGAUUCGUGUGAAGCAAUCAAGCGUGGAUUGGAAGCCAAGUCCCAGUGAAUCAUGACAGCCAACCGCGGAGCUUGGGACUUCGUAUAUAGUAAUGAUCGCAGCUGGAGUGGAAACAUUCUCGAGAUCAUGCCCAAAAGCGCCGGAUGUAAAUAUUUAAUCA